AUGACAACACACCCAGUAACGGUAAUCACUUCGUCAAAAGAGGAUAUUAAUUUAAUUAGUAAUGCAAACAUCGGAAGUGCUGCUGCUGAUGUAUCAUCUAAAGAACCAACAAGUACAAAGGUACUUCAAACACCAUCAUCGGCUUCAAUCAAUCAAGAUACACCAUUAACGAGUGUUGGGAUUUUUCCAAGUAUAACCUCUUCAACAACUUUCAUAUCAAAUCCAGUAACCUAUACAAAUCCAGUAGCAGGAAAUGUAAAUCAACUUGAUAAUAAGCCAAUCACCGUAUCCACACAAACGAUAUCUAAAGAUCAAUCAAUUCCAGCAAAUCCAGCUACGCUUUUACCAGGAUCAAUAAACACUGGAGCGCCUCCAAAAGUUCAAAGUAUAACGACAACAACAGCUUUCACAAUGACUCAAACGUUACAAUCCCCAACUUAUCCUAAUCAAGCAACAGGAAACAUAAAUCAACUUAAUAAUAAGCCAAUCACCGUAUCCACACAAACGAUAUCUAAAGACCAAUCAAUUCCAGCGAAUCCAGCUACACUUUUACCAGGAUCAAUAAACACUGGAACGCCUCCAAAGAUUCAAAGUAUAACGACAACAACAGCUUUCACAAUGACUCAAAUAUUACAAUCCCCAACUUAUCCGAAUCCAGCAACAGGAAAUAUAAAUCAACUUAAUAAUAAGCCAAUCACUGUAUCCACACAAACGAUAUCUAAAGAUCAAUCAAUUUCAGCAAAGCCAGCUACAUUUUUAGGAUCAAUAAACGCUGGCGCUCCGCCAGAAGCUCAAAAUAUAACAACAUCGACAGAUUUCACAUUAGCGGGUACUCAAGUAACACAAUCGUCUCCACCUUAUACCAAUCCAGCAACAAAUCAGCUCAAUAAUCCAAUUAUCGUGUCCACACCAACGGUAGCUAAAGAUCGGUCGUCUGAAACUAAAGCAAAAGGCAUUUAUACACUUCCUAUUACUCAAGGGACAAACAAUAUACCUAAAGUCGAUAAUGGUGGAACUAAUUAUAAUACCAAUACUCCAAAAGUUAUUUCCUCAUAUAGCAAUACUGUUACAUCAAAUCCAACUGAAAUUACAAGAAUUAGUGAUUCAAAUGAAAUCAUCAGCACAACUGAAUCCCAACAUAAAUUUUCAAGUUCAGACACCCGUAAAGUUAAUUCACCCUAUGAAAAUAUCAUCACAUUAAAUCCCGCCAUGACCACGACUAGCACUAUUGAAUCUCAGCCUCAAAUUAUUUAUGUUUCUUACAAUUGGGAAUCUUCCUUGUCAUCAUAUAUUAAUAUACCCAUGAGCAGCCCAUUAAAAUCAACUGAACCAUCAAGGACGAGUUUAAAUUAUAGUUCAAAUGCUUCUUGUGUUUCGACAUAUAUCAAAAAAAUGGCUGCACUAUAUAUUUUCUUUUAUUAUCUUUAUUAG